GUAAAAUAUUAUGAAUUUUCUUACACUGAGACACCGACACUUUGCAUAAUAUAUAGUUAGGCCCUGCCUGCGGGGUAAACACCAUUAGCAGCUGCUUAGGAUCCAUGGAAUGUGUUUAAAAAUUUACACUACAAAUUUUCAUUAUUUUUAUAUUUUCUAUAUUGGCUUAGGGCCUUAAGAAAAUUUUAAAAUAUAUGGACCGGCGCUGGAUAUAGCUUAGGUUUUUAUAUAGUUAUGAUUUUAUAGUUGAUAUUUUUAUAAAAUAUUGAAUAUUAUGUUUUUUGUUUUUUUGGAACAGUCAAUUUCUUCUUGGUCUAAAAAAAUAUGGGAAAGGUGAUUGGCGUAGCAUUUCACGUCACGUAGUAUUGACAAGAACACCAACUCAAGUUGCAAGUCACGCACAAAAAUACUUCGCACGUCAUAGAGCUAUGAACAGAAGCAGACAGAGACAUAACAUUCACGAUGUCAACGUUUCGGAAAGCAGUAACAUCUCAGCAAUGAAAGCACCAAUCACAUGCCAAGACGCUAAAGCCGCUUCGCAACCAUCGGUAGACCAUCAAGCAUAUGAGACACCAGCCAUAUGGAACACAGAAGCCACUUCACCAACAUCACUAGACCAUCAUGUAUUUGGGACACCUACCAUAUGGAACAUGCAAGCCGCUUCGCAUCCAUCAGUGAAUGUUCCUGUUUAUGGCGCACCCACUAUCGGCCAAUCAAUGGUUGGACCAUAUGUCUUACCUUAUGGAACUGACAUGAAUCUCUUUACGCCACCUUACAUGGCUUACGGGGCUCAACACCAUUCGACACCUUACUCCCCAGUUCCUAGUGCACCGUUCAACACAUGGACAGUUCCAGACAACAUGACAAAUAUACCUACUUCUCGUUAGGUGAGGUUGUAUUUUAUGUUUGUUUCAG